AUGCCUAAAUUGACUGAAGAAUCGACACAACGUUUUUCUCCUAUAACAAAACCAUCAUCAGAUAAUCAAUCAACAUUAACAAACCUUAUAACACCUGUACCUAUUCAUGGAAAUUCAACUCCAACAUUAAUUAUCAAUCAAAAUCAAGCAGAUUUUAAUACAAAUAUUAAUUUGAAUAAUGAAAUGGAUAUAUCUCAAAAUGGAAUAUUUCAAUAUCAUAAUACAGCAUUUCGUGUUCAUCCAUCAUUUAAUUCAAAUGAAGAUGAUAUUAAAAGUCAUUCAUUAUCAAAUUCUCCUAAUUUAAAACGAGAAAAUUCUUCAUCAACAUUAAAUGAAAAUGAAACAUAUCGUACAAUUGUAUCAAUGUUAAUUAAUCAACGUAAAACAAAUCUUAGUCUUGAACAACAAUUAAAACAUUUACAAUCAACAACAAAUCCUAUUAAUAAAGCAACAACAUCACAAUCUCCAAUAUUACCAACAUAUUCAAAUUCAUCAAUUGAAUUGAACAGUAAUCAGAAUUUAAUUAAUGAUAAUUAUGAUCGAUUAAAUUUAAAUCAAUCAUUUACAAUUAAACCUUUUUCUUUUGAUGAACAUCAACAACGAAAUUUUAUUUUUCAUAAUUCUCAAAAUCAUUUUAUAACACAUUCAAUUGCAUCAUCAUCAUCAUCAUCAUCAAGUAAUUCAACUGGUUAUUCAAGUGGUUCAUCAUCAUCAUCAUCAUCUUCCUUAGAUAGUAAUAGUACAAUAUUAUCAGCAUAUAGUUCACGUUCAAAUAGUUCAUUAUCUGAAAGAAGUAAAACAUCUCCAACACCAUUAAAACAAAUUCCACUUCAAUAUUUACCAACAAUAAAUGAAACAAAUAUGAAUUUUCCAACAACAACAACUGAUGAUGAAGUUACACAAUUAACUUCAUUAAAUGAAAAUAAAUAUAAAUUAAAUAUUUUAUCUCAACAAUCUCCAUUACCAUCAACAUCAGAACAAUUAGAUACAAUUAAUAAUAAACCAUUAACAAAACGAAGAAAAACUAUUACUUUAGAGGGUUUACAACGUCCAACAACUCGAUCUCAAAGUAUAAGUGAACGUGUAGGAGGAAAUAGUUGUACAAGUAUUAAUACAGAAUCGUGUCCAAUAGUGACACGUAAACGAAAAGCAUCAAUUGUUAUGGAACAAAAUGAAAGUGAAAUAAAACGUACAACAAUUGAUUAUAUAAAACAAUUAGAUGAAAUGAAAAUUCAAUAUAUAAAAGCAAAUUCAAAUCGUCAAACAAAUUGUUCAACAUAUUCAAAUGGUCAAACAAUAAAUAAAAGUCAAUUAGCAUCAAGAUUAAAAGUGAUUGAUUUUUUAAAAGAUCAUCUUUAUCCCACCGAUUCAGCAAUAUUAUCUUUUCAAUUAGAAAAUCAAGAAUUAUUUCCAAAGAGACGUUUAUUAAAUCAACGUAUUAGAGAAAUACGUCAAAAAUUGAUGAGUAAUUUAAAUCAACAACAAUUAUUACGUGAACCAUCAUCAUAA